CUCCACCCUACAUCAAUCUUUUCCCUUUAAUUAAAAGGAAAUCAAAGGGGUUGUAGUAAUGGUGGCAAACAAGAAUAACAAAAAGGAGAAAGUCAAACCAUUACACCACCUCACCUUAAAAACAAGAACAAUAAUAAAAUGAAGAAGAGGGAAGGACAUGCAAACCAUAAUGUUAAACAAGCUGGCAGAUCCAGAGUUUUUUUAAAAUUAUUUUAUUUUAUUUAUUUAUUUUCUUGAAUUGCAAAUUGGUUAGUUAGUUAAUGGGGCUCCUACACUUGUGCUUAUUUCUAAAGAUCCACCACCUUUCUUUGACCUAGUAUGUUCCUUAUACAUCUUUGAUCAGCAUCAUGCACAUUCUCCUGAAUUUUUUUUCCUAUGAUUAUGCAAUUUCUUUUUUUUUAUAUGAUGGAUCUCAUUUGUUCUGCUAGAUGAUGAAAAACAAUGUUGUUAUUAUCACAACUUAAUGUGCAAUGAAGAAAAACAAGUAGUUUUAUAGUGAAGAAAAAAAGGAGAAGAGAAAUGUUACACAGAGCAGCAAGAAAUGCAUAUUCUUGGUGGUGGGCUAGCCAUAUUAGAACAAAACAGUCAAAAUGGCUGGAUCAAAACCUCCAAGAUAUGGAGGAGAAGGUUGAAUAUGUACUCAAAAUCAUAGACGAGGAUGGGGAAUCCUUUGCAAGCCGGGCAGAGAUGUAUUACAGGAGGAGGCCUGAGCUCUUGAACUUCGUGGAAGAUUUUUUCCGGAGUUAUAGAGCUUUGGCAGAGAGAUUUGAUCAUUUAUCCAAAGAUCUUCAGACUGCUAACCGAACCAUUGCAACUGUUUACCCAGAGAGAGUUCAACUCGCGAUGGAAGAUGAAGAUGGAGAACAGUUUCUUGAAGCAUUAGGACCUCCUAAGGAAUCAAAUGAGCCUUCCAAAAGCUCACCAGUUGCGCCAAAGUUAAGUUUCCCAAAAGUUCCUUCUUUUGCCAAACGAAAUGCCAAACCAUCAAGGUUGAUGUCAAAGAAGGGACUAAUGAAAUUCGAUGUUGAUGAUGCAACUGCUGCUGCUCGUCCAAGAUCAGGUUUGAAAAAAUCCGAGGCGCUCCAGGAGAUCGAUAAGCUUCAGAAGGAUAUUUUGGCACUUCAGACUGAGAAAGAGUUCAUCAAGAGCUCAUAUGAAAAUGGGCUAGCAAGGUAUAGGAAAAUCGAAGAAAGGGUCACUGAGAUGCAAUCAAAAGUCAGCAGCUUGCAAGAUGAGUUUGGCAUUGGCACAAUGAUCGAGGAUGAUGAAGCUCGGUCAUUGAUGACUGCCACAGCUCUGAACUCAUGCCAAGAGACCUUAGCUCUGUUGCAGGAAAAACAGAAGCAAUCAGUGGAAGAUGUCAUAGCUGAGCAUCAAAAGAUUUUAGAGGUCCUUGGAAAAUUUGAGACUCUAAAGGGAAAGUUUGUCAGUAAACUGCCACAUCCACAAGUCCUGUCUGAAGUAAACAAGUCUUCCAAUCCAGAUUCGGAAUUGAAGUUGCUGAAUCGACAAGUGGAAACUCCUGAAAGAGAGAAGCAUAAUCCAGAGAAAGUGCAUAAGGAGCUGGAAGAUAAUUCUGCCACUUCCAUGUCUGAUCUAGCAGAGAAGGUUGAUGAACUUGUUGAUAAAGUCAUAAAGUUGGAAAGCGCUCUCUCUUCCCAGAAUGCUUACGUAAAUAGAUUAAGAGCGGAGACAAGUGAACUUCAUUCACAUCUGAUUAAAGCGGAAGAGGAGAAGGGGACUUUGGUUGAAGAUUCAGAGAGCAUGAGCAAGAGAAUAAAACAACUGGAGGAAGAAAUUCUCAGAGCUCAGAAUUUCAAUGAAAGCAUCAAACUCGAAGUCAAGCACCAGCAACCUCAUCUUACUGAAGCCAGUUGGAGUAUUGAAGAAAAAUUGCACAACAAGAGGGAAGAUGAAGACGUCAAAGAUACUUUGCCAUCCAAUAAAACAAUCGACUUUUCAGGAGCUGAUAAGGCAAAGCAGUUUCAAGCGUUACCUGAAGAAAAUGUUCUAGGUAUCUCCGGAGGUGUAAGUAGUAAGGAAGGUCAGAAGAGAGAAGUCUUGCAACAACCACAGGUUUGUCUUGAAGUUGACCAGUCGAACAAAAAUACUAGAGAUGGAAGGAAGGGUGGUGCUUUAGAAGCUAACCAGGGCGUUUCUGGUGUCGAUAAGGCAAAGCAAUUUCAGGCUCGUGAAGCAGUCAUUCCUGAAGUAGAUGUUCUGGGUGUCUCCAAAGGUGUUAGUAAGGAAGAUCUGAAGACAGAAGUCUCGCAAGAACAGGAACGUUGUCUUGAAGUUGACCAGCAAAACCUUAUCAAAAGCCACUUCAGCAAUGAUACUCGAGAUGGAUCAGGGUUCACAGACAAAGAGAUGAUGGUGACCACCACAACUACCACAGGUAAAGAAGAAAAGUUUCCAAAUGCUGAUCUUCAGAAUGACCCAGACAAUUUUAUCAAAAAUACUGUGAGAGAUGCAGCAGAUGUUGGGAUAGAAAAAGGGUUUGAUAAAAACCACGGGCGUGUUAUAGAUCAUGGUUCAUCCACCAAAAGAAUUGAUGGAGAAGUCGAGCUAAGUGGGACAAAUGAUAGUGCAAACAGAAGUGAUUUUCCAGGUUCUGAUCCUGUCAAUCAGAAAAAGGAUACCAAAGAAAGUGAAUGCAUUAGAUUUCCUGAUUAUGAUGCAAUGAUCUCAACGGAUAUCAGAAUGGGAGAGGAAGCAAAGAAGCAAGAUGUCUGUGAUAACCUCAUUCCCUUCAAAGGUGAAGCCGGAAAGCUUUCCAUAUCCGACCUUGAGAAUGACCACGACUCAACCAAAAUUGGUCAUGUGAAUGAUGUGGAAGACGUUAAAUUAGAAAAAGGGUUUGACAAGGGUCAAGAAGUGCAUGUUGCAGAUCAUGGCUCACCUACUAAGAAAAAUGUCGAACAAAGGGGUCCAAAUGAUCUUGCAGACAGAAGGGACGCUUUCCCUGGUUCUGUCGAAGAUCAAGAAGAAAAGCUUUACAAAACCAACCAUCAGAAUCACCUGAAUGACUUUUUACUGGAAGCUCCACCAAGGGAUUCUCCAGAUGUAAAUAUGAAAAGAGGAUCUGAUGAAAGUGAAAGCUUUCAUACAUCAAAUGAUGACUUGGCCACAGAAAGAUAUGUGAGGAAGGAAGAGCAAGCCAGGACAAAAGAUGCUGCAGACAGGAGCGAUGAUUUGCACAGUAUUGAAGACAAUGAAUCUGCCAUCAGAAGAGAUAUGAGAAAGGAAGAGCACGCUGGCACAAAAGCUAUGGCAGAGAAGAGUGGUCGUUUGCACAUUGCCCCGGAAGGUAUAGAAGAAAAUUUUCGGAAAUCCAACCAUCCAAAUUACCGGUAUGAUCUCCCAGAAAAUGUUUCUGUAAGGGAUGCUUCCAACGUCAAGAUGGAGAAGGUAAUUCAUGAAAGUGAAAACACACGUAUUUCAGAUGAUUCCUCAGCUAUCAGAGAAGAGAGAAUGAAGGAGCUAAAAGUGAAGGAGGCCCCACAUGAAGAUAUAUCAGAACCCGGUAGCAGCUCAGGGAUCUCAAUGACUAUAAACAAUGAAGGCAGAGAGAAGGUAGGUAAUGAUCAUCAUCUCAAUAUAGCGGUUGGAUCUGCCACAGGAAACUUCUCCAAAUUGAAUGACAGCAAUCGAUCAGACGAUCUUCCAAGAAAGAUGGAUUUCAAGAAUAAAAUAAAGUCAGAGGAGCAAAACGAUGAAUUCUCCCACAAUUUAGUCCAAGCACACACAGAUCGCAACUUUCAACAGUCCAAUUGGCAUAACCAACCUGAAACACAUUCCGCAAGUGUCCAAGUGAAAGAUAUUCCAAGCCCCAUUCCAGAUAGUGAGCUAGAGGAAUGGGAAAGUAUUUUAGAUAAUCUUCCAUCUGUCCUAAGUGAUAAUAAGAGAGAUGACUUGCACAAGGAUGAGCUCCCUAAUCAAGUUGCUGUAGGAAAUGGUGAAGAUUCAAGGAGGCAAGUGUUUAGGACAGUUAACAAUGGGCUCUACACGGAAGAACAUGAAUCUGGAACAGAGGAUGACCAGCCAAACUGGAGAGAGCUGUUCUUAAGCAGCCUGGAUGAUGACAGAGAGAAGAUACUACUCGAGGAGUACACAUCAGUUCUUAGAAAUUUCAAGGGUGUGAAGAUGAAGCUCAAUGAUGCGGAGAAGAAAAGGAGAGCGAGCCACUUCCAAUAUGUUGUGCAGAUGAAAGUUCUAAAGAAUGCUAAUGCCUUGAAGGAUGCACAGAUUCUAUCCUUACAGCAUAGAUUGAACUCGCUUCAGUCAAAAGACGUUGAAACACCAAACUCCAAUGAAAUGCCACUGGAAGCAACCUUUCAAGAUGCUGAAAUGAGACAGGAAGCAACUGCACCCGAAGACACAAGGAUCUCAGAUAUUGGGGAGGAUGGCAGAGAUGUCAAAGUUAGUGAUGUCGAUGAAACACAUUCCUUCACCACUGUUGAAGAUAAAGUACGGAUGGACAUUGAUGAUUUGCUGGAGGAAAACAUAGAGUUGUGGCUCAGAUUUAGUACCUCAUUUCAUCAGCUACAAAAGUUUCAAACUUCAGUUCAGGAUUUACAAGAUGAAAUAAAAAAAGUGAAGGAAGAGCGCAAGCAAGAUUCUGGAGAUUCAGGUCAACCACAGUUGCUACUAUCAGGCAUCCGUCCAAUUUAUAGGCAUUUAAGAGAGAUACAUACUGAGUUGACAUUGUGGUUGGACCAUAAUUCGGUUCUGAAAGAUGACUUACAGAACAGGCUAUCAUCUCUAUCUAAUAUUCUCGAUGUGAUAACAAGAUUGUCAAGUUCAAGGUCUAAGGAGAAUGAUCCAGUGCUGAAUGCCUAUCAAGCAGCAAAGUUUCAAGGUGAGAUUUUAAACAUGAAGCAGGAGAACAAUAAAUUAGCAGGUGAACUCGAAGUAGGCAUUGAAUGUAUCCGGAAACUCCAAGAUGAGAUCCAGAGUACACUGUCAAACCUGGACGAAGAACUCGGGCUGAAAAACCAACCAACAAGGCCUCGAUCCAAAAUUCCCCUGAGGUCCUUCUUGUUUGGAGUGAAGUUGAAGAGGCAGAGGCCGUCAUUAUUUUCCUGUGUGAAUCCAGCAUUGCAAAAACAGUACAGUGAUUUAUAACAGCACCAAGAUAGAUGCCUUUGUAACAGCAGUAGGCAGAUAGAUGUCUCUUUUUUCCCUCUUUCCUUUUAGCUUACUUGUUAUCAAAUCAUAAUAGUUGGAAAUUUAUUGAAGGAGAAAAGGCGUGUUGCCUUUGUGGAGUAGAA